AUGGGGCUCACCAACGCCCAGGACGACGGCAACGAGGCCAACCACAUGUUCGCCGUCGAGCUCGACACCGUGCAGAACAUCGAGUUCCACGACAUCGACGCCAACCAUGUCGGCAUCGACAUCAACAGCCUCAGCUCCGUGCUAUCCAAUGCGAUAGGCUACUACCACGACAGCAAUGGCAGCUUCCAAAAUCUAAGCCUCAUCAGCCGUGAAGCUAUGCAGGUUUGGGUGGACUACGAUGGAGUGGCCACGCGGAUCAACGUGACCAUUCCUCCCCUCGCAACGGUUAAACCCAACAAGUCAUUGCUCUCUACCAUCUACAACCUGUCAACCGUGCUAGCAGAGCCGUCGUACAUCGGCUUCUCAUCGGCGACCGGACCGGGGAAUUCACGGCACUAUGUUCUCGGCUGGAGCUUUGGCAUGAACAGGCCUGCUCCAGUGAUCGACGUCACCAAGUUGCCGAAGCUUCCCCAAUUGGGCUCCAAGAAGCCUCGCUCAAAGGUGUUGGAGAUCACCCUGCCAAUUGCGAGUGCAGCACUCGUUCUCACAGCGGGCAUUGUCUUGAUUCUACUUGUGCGAAGGCGAUUGCGGUACACUGAGCUGCGGGAAGACUGGGAGAGCGAGUUUGGACCACACCGGUUCGCGUACAAAGAUCUGUUCCAUGCCACAGAAGGGUUUAAGGACAAGCACUUGCUUGGUGCAGGAGGCUUUGGCAUGGUAUACAGGGGAGAGCUUCAAAAGUCCAGAGUGGGAGUGGCUGUGAAGAAGGUGUCCCAUGGGUCAAAGCAAGGGAUGAAAGAGUUCAUCGCCGAGAUUGUAAGCAUCGGCCGCAUCAGGCACCGUAACCUUGUGCAGCUACUUGGCUAUUGCCGCCGCAAAGAUGAGCUCAUUCUAGUAUAUGACUACAUGCCCAAUGGCAUCCUCGACAAGUACCUAUACAGCCAAGAAGAUGACGACCCAACCUUGGAUUGGGCUCAAAGAUUUCAUAUAAUCAAAGGAGUUGCUUCAGGCUUACACUAUCUGCACGAGAGGUGGGAGAAAGUCGUAAUCCACCAAGACAUCAAGACUAGCAAUGUGCUGCUUGACAAGGAAAUGAAUGGCCGACUCGGUGACUUUGGCCUCGCAAAGCUAUUCGAGCAUGGUGCCAAUCCACAAACCACUCGUGUGGUUGGCACCACGGGGUACCUAGCACCGGAGCUGGUCCGGACGGGCAAGGCGACCGCUCUGACCGAUGUUUUCCCCUUCGGCACCUUCAUGCUUGAGGUCACAUGUGGGCAGAGACCCAUCAAGCAGGACGAGCAAGGCAACCAGUUCUUGCUGGUCGACUGGGUGCUCCAGCAUUGGCACGGUGAAUCGCUCCUCGAGGCCUUGGACCCAAGGCUGGGAGGCGAGUUCAGCUCUGACGAGGUGCGGCUUGUGCUUCAGAUAGGAUUGUUGUGUGCGCACCCGUCUGCCACUGCAAGGCCCAGCAUGCAGCAAGUCUUGCAGUAUCUUGAUGGGGAGAUGCCACUCCCGGAGAUGACCCGAGCGGACCUGAGCUUCAACAUGCUGGCUCUCCUGCAAAGGAAAGGGUUAAACGUCAUGUCAUGCUCGUGCUCGUCAACGAUGGUGAGCGUGGGCACCAUAUCCGACCUAUCAGGAGGAAGAUGA